AUGUUCCUGAUCAUCGGAGCCAUCCUGGCCAGCGCCCUCUUCGUGGGCCUAAUGAUCUACCAGCUGAAGUUCAAGCGGUUGAUCGACAUGACCAGCUAUAUGCCGGGUCCGCCGGUUCUGCCCCUGGUCGGACAUGGUCACCACUUUAUUGGGAAGCCACCGCAUAUGAUGGUCCAGCUGAUAUACGACUUCAUGGACUUGUACUCGAAGGACCAGACCCUCAAGGUCUGGCUGGGACCGGAGCUGAACGUACUGAUGGCCAAUCCCAAGGAUGUCGAGGUGGUGCUGGGCACGCUGCGCUUCAACGACAAGGCCGGCGAGUACAAGGCUCUGGAGCCGUGGCUCAAGGAGGGUCUGCUGGUCAGCCGUGGACGGAAAUGGCACAAGCGGCGGAAGAUCAUUACACCCGCUUUUCACUUCAAGAUCCUCGACCAGUUUGUCGAUGUCUUUGAGAAGGGAUCACGGGAACUGCUGCUAAAUAUGGAGCGGGAUCGGGUCAAGCAUGGGGAUGCUGGUUUCGGUCUCUACGAUUGGAUCAAUCUCUGCACCAUGGACACAAUCUGCGAAACCGCCAUGGGAGUGUCCAUCAACGCUCAGACGAAUGCCGACUCGGAGUAUGUCCAGGCCGUGAAGACUAUAUCGAUGGUUCUGCACAAACGCAUGUUCAACAUCUUCUAUCGAUUUGACCUGACCUAUAUGCUAACACCACUGGCCCGGGCCGAGAAGAAGGCCCUGGAUGUGCUGCAUCAGUUUACGGAGAAGAUUAUUGUGCAGCGACGAGAGGAACUAAUCCGUGGUGCCGCCAACAAGGAGACCACCGCCAAUGAGGAGGAUUCCGAUGUGGGGGCCAAGCGAAAGAUGGCCUUCCUGGACAUCCUGCUGCAAUCGACGAUUGAUGAGCGACCUCUCACCAAUCUGGAUAUACGCGAGGAAGUGGACACCUUUAUGUUCGAGGGACACGACACCACCUCCUCGGCUCUCAUGUUCUUCUUCUACAACAUAGCCACGCAUCCGGAGGCGCAGGCUCGAUGCUUCCAGGAGAUUCGUUCCGUGUUCGGCCAGGACAAGAGCACUCCGGUUACCUACGAACAGCUGAACAAGUUGCACUACGUCGAUCUGUGUAUCAAGGAGACCUUGCGGUUGUAUCCAUCGGUGCCACUGCUGGGUCGGAAGGUGCUCGAGGAUUGUGAGAUAAAUGGAAAACUCAUCCCUGCCGGCACUAACAUUGGCAUUUCUCCGCUGUAUCUGGGCAGACGCGAGGAGCUGUUCACCGAUGCCAACAGCUUCAAACCGGAGCGGUUCGAUGUGGUUACCUCGGCGGAGAAGCUCAAUCCCUACGCCUACAUUCCAUUUUCGGCUGGACCGCGCAACUGCAUCGGUCAGAAGUUUGCCAUGCUGGAGAUCAAGUCCAUUGUGGCCAAUGUGCUGCGGCACUAUGAGGUGGACUUUGUCGGAGACACUUCGGAGCCGCCGGUGCUGAUCGCAGAGCUUAUCCUGCGCACCAAGGACCCGCUGAUGUUCAAAGUGAAGGAGCGAGUUUACUGAAACACACUUUUACUUUUAAUAAAUGUAAAUAA